UUUUUAUUUACAAUCAUUUGACAGGUAGUUAAAGAUGUGAAAAGUUGAAUUAAAAUUACAAAGAAAAUGGCAUACAGCCGGGAUAAUAAAUUAGAAGUGAAAGUGAAAAAAGCCACUGAACGCAUAUCAGAAAAUAUGCAUAUUGUGGCCAAUGAGCCCUCUUUGGCAUUCUAUCGGCUGCAAGAGCAUGUAAGGAAAGCUAUAAAUCCUAUGGUGGAUCGCCGAAUGGAAGUUACCAAACUAUAUCAUGAGUUACAAGGAAGGUGUUAUGAUAUGGAAUACGCAAUUGGAGCAAUAAAAGCAAUGGAUAAAGCUGAAAAUAGCUUCAAGUUUAUCCAGGAUAAUUUAAUACAUUCCAUAUUUUUAAAGCAACAAUUGAAAUAUGAAGAAUCCAGAAGGAAGAAACCUGAUAGCGGUUCUGUUUAUAAACGAUUGUCCGCUCAUAUUACUAUAGAUUUACCUGAACUUCCUGAAUUUUCAGAUGUUGUUCGAGAAACAGCUAAUAGGGUUGAAUCUAUAAUGAAAGCAUCACAUUCAUAAUUUAUAUGUGCAUACAUUUAUUAUCUGUGAUUCAUUCUAAUAAUAAAUACUAUUAAUAAAUACUAAA